AUGAACCAAGCCGCAGUGCAAAAUGAACUAUUGAUUUCGCUCCUUCACGGGCAGCCUGUGCUGUGGGAUCAGAGGCUGGCGGCCUACAAGAACCUUGAUGCGCGCACGGCUGCGUGGGUUGCCGUCGCGAUAGGCCUAGGCCUAGCUGGGACGCAAGGUGACGUCAACGCAAUAAGCAAACGGUGGCGCAAUCUUCGCGACACAUUUUGUAAAAAAUUGCGCGAAGCGAAGAAGAAAAGCGGCGCUCCUGCUGGUGAGCCAGUAAGCUCAUGGAAGUACUUCACACUGAUGAUGUUCCUGCGGGACAUAGUGGAGCCUCGUGUGACCACCAGCAACAUGGACGCACUAGACGACGACUCUUGCGAAAUUCUUGGUGGAGGCAGCACAGGCAUCGAAAUCCGUGACCCCUGCCUCUCAGACUAG